GUGGUAUUGGUGGUCGGUGUGGCUAUGGUUAUAACAACGUCACACGUAUUAGAAACUCCAACUGAGGCUCCGCCGACGACCGUAGCGUUCUUGCCCUUGGCGGGAUUUAAGAACAACACCUAACAGGAAAAUACAAACAUCCUCACCAUCAUUCGCUAUUUGACCAUCGCCAGUUCCGUUGGGUGGCUCGUUGGUCAUGUGUCUCUCUUUCGCAGGGGGACAAUUCCUCCAAUGGGUGGCGGUGUUCUAUGCAAUUGGGCACGCCCUGACUCCGCUCACUGUGGGGAUGGAAGUCUUUGAGUUUGCUCCAGACAACUCCCAAUGGAAUUCCCAAGCCAAGCUGACAGGCACCAUCGAAGAAGCUACAUCUCAAUUGACUCUUUGCUAUCGGGUUAAGAUUUAUCGAUACCUUCCUUCGCAAUAUUACGUCAAUCUCAUGGAAUACACAAUACCGGAAGCUUUGGCGUGUUGCGAAAUCCGGAGUCUUUGGACAGGGUCGGGUCCAUUGAUGGUGCUGAAAAAUCAGUUUAUUGGCCAGAGUGACAUUCAAGUGAAAUUGAUGCGUUGGUAUCAUCAUUGUUUCACCUUUGAUUACACUGACAUGAGUUUCGAAAUGAUCUUGGAUGGAGCAACCAUCGACCAAGGCCAUUUCAAUUUGAGCGAAUCCACGCUACAAACCCAAGGCGUUCUUAUGGUUGGAUCUGCAGUGUCCAUGGAUUGUAACAAACCAGGGCAAGGCUCAUGCCGAGGCUUGUUUUCGGGUCAGAUCGCUGAUUUCAACCUUUGGUCGAGGAAACUCUCCCAGGCUGAGAUACAGGCUUUUACCAAUUGUCAAAGCGAAGGAUUCGGAGACCUCGUCAAUUGGAAUACCGCUCAGUGGAUUAACAACAACGUUAACCGAUUCCCAUUGAACUUGAAAGAACAGUUGUGCAAAGAGAAAGAAGACAGUUUCAUGGUGUUUCCGGAGCUCCGCGAAUUCAUCGCCAGUUUCCGUUUCUGUCGCUCGCUGGGUGCCAAAAUGGCCGCUCCAUUCAAUAUCGAUCAACACAAGGAUAUGAUCAACUCCACAAGGCGCUUCUUCGCCGACAAGACAUGCGAUCGUAUCUCCUUGGGAUGGACCGAUGAGUAUUCCGAAGGCACCUUCAUCAAUAUCAAUGAUUACCUUUUGGAACAAAAGACGACCCCUCUCCCCAAGGAGAUGAAAGAAGUUUGGAAGUUUGGCGAACCCAACGGUGGACGUUUGGAGAGCUGUGCCGAGCUCACUGAUCAUGACGAAUGGAACGACAUGCCCUGUUCGGGGGAUUCCAAGUCCUGUACCAGUUGUUACUUCAAGAAGAGGCCGUUACUCAAACUCCGCGGACUUUGCCGAGACACCAAUUUCGACCAGCAGUACAUCAUCACCACCAAUUACAUCAACGGCAAGCCCGUUAUCAAGGGAUACUUUCGCACCGUGAUUUCUUGGUCUAGAGGGAUAGAUGGGACUCACCAAGAGGGACGAUGGGAACUGACCUCGCUGAUUAACAACGCCAGCAAAGCCGUCCUUCAAUCCAAAUCCAACACGAUGUAUCCCAUCGGUCGACAAGUGUGGACCAUCGAAAAUGACGUGUGCUCAGCAGGCGAGACUGUGGACAAGAAUCUUACACUCACCGUGUGCGAAGAGGGCAGUUACACUUGCGACAGUGGCGAAUGCAUCGACCUCACAUUAAGAUGCGAAAAUAACCAGAAUUGUGAGGACGGGAGUGAUGAGAUCCAAUGCACUAUUUUGGAACUCCCUGAUGGCUAUCGUACGUCCUCGCCGCCACCUCCCGCCAUCCUCAGCGAACCCGUCAAGAUUGAUCUCAACAUUGACAUCAUAUCGUUUUCCGAGAUUGACGUGAACAAAAUGAAGAUCUCCAUCGAUUUCUAUUUGUCCAUGACUUGGUUUGAUCCCCGACUGACUUUCCACAAUCUGCGCGAAGGGUUUGCCCUAAAUCCGCUCUCCUUGGAAGAGAUGAAAUCCCUGUGGUUCCCAGAACUCAGUUUCGUCAACACGGCCGGAAAUGAGAUCUCUCUGAUUGACGACAGCACGGAAACCUACGUGUUUCGUAACGGCUCGAAUUACUUCAAUAGUCUGGCGGAGAAUCACGAGACCAAGAAGUUUUACGGACGAGAAAAUCCGCUCUUUGCUUAUCGCAAAUACACGAUCAACUUCAGUUGCAACUUCGAGCUCCAGGAUUAUCCAUUUGAUGUGCAGAACUGCUCCAUGGACUUUCAAUUGCGUGUGGCCACGCGACAAAGAGCCAUCUUGAUGCUUGAUCAAGUGGAGUACUUGGGCGAAGCCAACCUUUUGGAAUAUAAGGUCCAGGAAACGACUGUGGAACGGGAUCAUCCAUGCGGACGCCAAAACUUGUCCUCGUGUAAUAAAAUCUGGAUCACAUUAAAGCGGCGGGUUGGAAACCAAUUGCUGAACACCUAUCUGCCCACGGGCAGCCUCCUAAUGACCAUUUAUUUGAGUCACUAUUUCAAGAUCGAUCAUUACGACACGCGUAUUAUGGUGGGCUUGACGGGCAUGUUGGUGAUCGCCUCAUUGUUUGUCUCAACUUCGGCUUCAUUACCUCGGACUUCAUACUUCAAGAUGAUUGACAUCUGGAUGAUCUUCUGCUUCCUUCUGCCAUUCUUCGAGGUCAUUCUCCACACAAUUGUGGAAUAUUGGACGGACGACGAGUGUUACCAAAACAAGCGACAAUUGACGGACUUCAAACGCAAGGACUUCACGUUCGACGGAAAAGUGGCCGUGGGAGCCAGUCGUCGGUAUAGGAGCUGCUGGCAGAAGAUGAAGAACUUGGGACCCCAAUGGUGCAUCGAUGUAUUUGCUCGUGUAUUUGUUCCAUUGGUGAUUUUGGUCUUUAACAUAUUCUAUUGGGGAGCGGCUUUGAAACAUGGAGGAAUCGAAGUCUAACGACUUAGGAUUGGGGACAGAGGCUGGGAAACGCCAGUUCCGCAUUUGCGCUACGUGUUAUUCACAAUACUUCGUAGAGAAAUCCAGACAAAACUUAUUCCCAGAGCAAGAACAAAUAGAGAUAAAAAGAAAUGUAUGGUCUCUCUCGAUCUAUAUUGAGAAACUCUCGUAAAGUCGUAAUCAUUAGACGAGUUCGUGACGACCAAAAAUGUACUUUUAUAAUGCGCCUACACUGGAAGUUUAGGACUUACGUACAUACGUACAAUACAUGAAUCUCCAUUGAUCAUGUAUAGAACUCUAUUCUCAGACAGCUAAUCAGAUGACCCGGUGUCAUUGGUUCCAAGAAAUUCAACUUAUUUCAAAGCAUAGGUAGAAUGAAAACAAACACAGUACCAAAAAUGUUUCUUUGGGAUAAAUACAUAUCGUGCAAAGUAUCCAAAAAUGUACUCAUAAUAAGGGAA